CUGCAAGCUCUCUGAACACAGAGCUGCAAUCUUUCAGGGGAAAAAUCAAAACAAGAUUACAAGAAAGUCAAGAACCUACAUACUACCAGCCGGCCGGAGGCAGACCUGCUUCGGCCCAAUCCUUUUCGGAAACAGAAGCCUGAAAAAUAAAGCCUGAAAUGAAGCAUUCGACCACCAGAAUUUCCCCAGCAAAGGUGAACAGCGUAGCAGGAAAAGCCCUGGUAAAAUCUCCCAGUUUGAGAAAAUCCCAACAGAAGGUCGAAGAAGUUUGCCAGAUGUAUUUUAUGAAGCUACGCUCUGGCCACAUCAUAGAAAACAGGGCCUGUUACUUUAGGGAAAAAACCAUCAAAAGGCAUCCACCAAAAACACCUAGAAAGUACAACAAGCAACGUCUGGUAAUCACUCCCUGUCAGCAGCCCCUUGAAGGGUCUUCAAAGAACUUUGCCUUUGAUGUACAGCCAGCUAACAGAAGUGCUUCAGAGAAUUCUUUUUCCCUGAGCACGUACAAUGAUCAAUUUGUUACUUUUGCUUUUGCGGAUGGAAGUUAUGAGAUCUAUGUUGAAGAUCUUGGAAAAAAACAAGAAAAAGACAAGGUGUUAUUCCGUUACUAUGACUCACACUCACCUAUAAGUCCAAGAGGUGAUGAUGUUGAUGGUGAGAGAUUAAUGGUAAGCCUGAGUCCUUCAAAAGACAAAGACUUCUUGCUGCAUGCCAACAACCAGGAACACUCUGUGGAGCUACAAAAAUGUGAAAAUCCAUUGCCAGACCAGACCUUCUUUUUCCUUCAUCAGGAGCCCGGGCCCUCUUCAUGUGUUUCAUUUGAAUGUAAGAGCAAUCCUGGAGUGUUUAUAGGUGUAAAGGAUAAUCAUCUCGCUCUAAUUCAAUUAAAGGACCAAACUGAGCAUUCAAGAAGAGAGAAUAUCAAAUUUAAGCUCUCUUAAAGUUAAUGUGAUGGAAAGCUAUGAAAUCUGGGUUGAGUAGCCCAAAUAGCUACCAUUGAAGAGAUUGUCAAAGACAGGGAGAGAGAGAGAUAAUAUUUAAAGGAAAUACUGCUUAGCAUGCUGUGGAAUGUUUUUCUUAUUAUGUUAAAAAUACACAUUUUUUUGUAAUCCUCAGUUCUGUUUUUAUUCCCCUGUGUAUCACUGCAUAUUUAAUACAAGUAUUGGUAUAUUAGCUAGGGUAUUGGUAAAGAGACCUGAAAAUAUUCUGGAGACAUAUAGACCUUCACUUUUUUCUACUUUCAGCCCAGGGAGAACUUCAUAUGUGGAACUGAGACCUCUGGGGAGAAACAAGGGCCUUAGUCCAAGUUUCAUUUUAGACAGCGAUCCAUUUUUAAGAGCUAUAUACCGACUAAAUUUUCUCUAGUCCCAAACAGUGGGCUCAAUUACUAGAGUUGCUAGUAAAAACCUAGAUUAACUGUUUCACAAACACCAAACUUGUAGAUGCCCAAAACUUCAGAUGCCUACAUAGCUAGGCAGAUAAUAUAAAUAUGGUAAAAAGGCAAAGAUAAUUUAAAAAUUAAGAAAAAUAAAUGCAGUAUUUGUAAAGUGAAUAAUUUCAUCUCUACUUGUUUCAUUUUUAAAAUUCUGAUUUUUAUAGAUCAAGUUAAGUAAAGUAAGGCAUUCUUAUAUUAGGAAGUGAAAUAAAUUUUAGACACAGAAUUGGAAUCAUUAGAAAUAUCUAACAAACUUAAAACAUUUUUUUCAGAAAAAAACAUUGAGCCACAACAUGGGUUAGGGCAUCCAAGUACCAUGGUGGGGCCAGAAGUCUAAGAUGAGAUACAAGAUUAAUAUUACAAUUUCAAUAACUGGCUAUCCCUUAUGUUUGUGACAUACCAUGUCCUUCUGACCUGGGCUUCCAGGGAUCAGUGAUUUUGAAUAUACUGGUCACUUUGGACGCAAUUUUUCUAAUCUUUUCUUCCUAUAUGCACAGGUCUUUUUGUUGUCCAGCAUCUCAAUGAUCCUGUUCACUAUGAAAUAUUCAUUUGAUUUCUGUUCUGCCUUCAUUUCUUUUGACCAACUGUGUUCUUGAUACACCUUUGGCAUCCCUGAGCUUCACUCCCAAAUCACCUGACAUUUGAGUGCUAACACCUUUAUUCCGAUUUGUCUACCUGGUGUUAUAAAAUUUUAUAUAAAUCUAUUGAUAAUAAUAUUUUUUAUUAAAUAUCUUUGUGUUUUAUUGUUACUAAGGUAGUAAAAUAAUUUACACUAAACCAUAAUGAUAACAUUUUCAACUACUAAUGAAAUAGUUUUUACUUAUCUUAAGUCCUUAGCAAUUUCUACUAUAAUUUUUCAUAGCUUAACACUGACAGUAAAUGAUAAACAUAACAACAAUAAUUAUGAAAUAUGACUUUUUCUGAAAUUAUAGGCUUUUUGACUUCUAAUUUGUUGAGCUCCACUGGAUAUAAUUGCUGGUGAACAUAAGAUAAACAAAGCUGAGAAUUACUGUAUAGAGGCAAAUAAGUGUAGAACAAUAUAUCUUUGUUUCAUUACUUUGUCAAUAAUUUUACUAUAAAGACACAAAUAAAAGUAGAAUUUAUAUCAUUCCUUCUGAAAAA